AUGGGAAAAAAUCCACCAAAGUGGCUUCCGGGUGAUCGUGUGAAGGAGACUAUUCUCCUGCAGCGCAAGUCGGUGGAGCAGCUGCGUGCUGACCGUGUGCUUCGCCGUGAUAAACUGCAGGAGCGCCGCGAUCGACACAAGGCGAAGUUGGAUGCGAAGCGGAAGCGCAAACUGACAAAGAAGAAGUUCAUAUCCGCACAGACCAUUCUGAAACACGCCCAGCGUGCCCAGCGCCAGGGACACGUAUUCCGCAAGAUUGGCGAACGGGUGCGUGGAAAGCGCUUCCGCCUGGUGCAACAACAGCUGCAGGAGGAAAAGGAGCAGAUAAACGCAAAGGAGGGAGAAACCGCAGAGGAGGAAACAACAACAAAGACGGAAGAAAAGGCUCCGGUGGUGGUGUUGGUGGUGCGGGCGAAGGGGCGGCAGAUCCCAACAGAAGUGGCCGCCGCGUUCCGCCGUCUCGGACUGCAGAAAUUAUACGCGGCGCGGCUCAUCUGCCUUGACGACCCCAACCGCCCACAUCUCAACAACAAAAACCGCCAUUCCAAUCAAACGGAGGUGUUGGUGCGGCAGUUGGCGCCAUUCGCCAUCGUUGGCCGCCCACCCGCCGCACAAUUGGAGGAACUUCUCCGCACACGCGGUUGUCUGUGGAACGCAGAGACACGCACACGCCGCAUUAUUAGCGGUAAUCUCAUGCUUGAGCAGACACUCGGACAAUACAACGUGCUGUGCGUGGAGGACCUCUGCGACGCCAUUGUGAAGGGCUCUGAACACGUGCAGGAGAUCCUGCAGCACAUCGCACCCUUCGACUUCCACCCACCGCGUCAGCUCUUUAUGGAACGUCAUCGCUCUGUGCAUCAGAAGCUCGAGGUUGUGAACAGAGACUCCUUUGCUUCCUAUCUCGCCCAACAACUCAAGACAGCCACAAGGAAGGAGAAGAAACUUGAAGCAUCUAAUAAGCGUAAAGCAGCUAAGAAAGCAUCCUUAGCCUCCUAG